ACCAUCUAAACCAAGUCUUUGUCGCAUAAACCACUCGAUUCUUUCCCUCUCAAACAAACACCAAAGAAUCGAAUCAGAAGUGGAAUACACACUGGGACUGGAGUUCCCUCUUAUUUAGAGAGAGAGAGCGUGAGGAAUCUCAAACCCAAAAAAGCAAAAUAUUAUAAUAUAUAUAUAUACUGCGUGUGUACUUGAAUGGGAUCAAAAAGUGGUGCUUUCUUUGCUUUGCUAUACUCUCUGUAGAAAACCAGUUCUGGGUUUUCUCUGCUUUUGAGGUCUCUCUCGCCGCCUUUGGGGGUUUCGGCACGGCCUUUUUCUCUGCAGCAAAAUCUGGGUUUUGAAGCCGCAUUUAAGUCGCUUAGUGGUUGUUCGACAGAUUGUCUAGCUGGACCUCUUUCAAUUAUUUCUGGCUACCAUUUAACUCUCUCUCUCUCUUUGCCUCUCUCUCUCUCUCUCUCUGCCAAAAUCUUUGAAUUAAGAAUUCUGACUCUCUGCUUCAAUUGUAACCUCACAAAUCAAUACGCACUCUUGUUUUUUGCUUCCAAAAACAAAGAAAAAAAAAAGAAAGGCAAGAACAAUCAAGGAUUUGCUUUCAGAGAAUUGGGUUCCAGAAAGAGACGACUCGGACUAGCGUCUUUUAUGUGUUCUGCCUGAAAUUAGACAGAUAAUUUAGAGGAAAUAGAAGACAAUGUUGGCUCAAAAACAAGGAGAGGAGGCCAUAGUCAACGAGGCCGAACAUGAAGGCAAUAAGGAAGAAGAGAAGCAAGAAGAUCACUCCAUUUUCAGUGUCAAGAGCAUCCUCUGGCAUGGAGGCUCUGCUUGGGAUGCUUGGUUCAGUUGUGCUUCCAAUCAAGUAGCACAAGUUCUGUUAACCUUGCCCUACUCAUUCUCUCAACUGGGUAUGUUAUCUGGCAUAAUAUUCCAGAUUUUCUAUGGUCUCAUGGGUAGUUGGACAGCUUACCUCAUCAGUGUUCUGUACAUUGAGUACAGAUCCAGAAAGGAGAAAGAGAAUUACAGCUUCAAGAACCAUGUCAUACAGUGGUUUGAAGUGCUUGAUGGGCUACUGGGUCCUUACUGGAAAGCAGUGGGUCUAGCUUUCAACUGUACUUUUCUUCUAUUUGGAUCUGUCAUACAGCUUAUUGCUUGUGCAAGUAAUAUAUAUUAUGUCAAUGAUAAAUUGGACAAGAGGACAUGGACAUACAUAUUUGGAGCUUGCUGUGCAACCACUGUGUUCAUACCCUCCUUUCAUAACUACCGAAUUUGGUCUUUUCUUGGCCUUGGGAUGACCACUUACACUGCCUGGUACUUGACCAUAGCCGCCUUCACACAUGGCCAGGUUGAAGGAGUGGAAUACUCGGCUCCCAAAAAGCUAGUGCUGUAUUUCACCGGAGCCACCAAUAUUCUAUACACCUUCGGUGGACACGCUGUCACUGUGGAAAUUAUGCACGCUAUGUGGAAACCUCAAAAAUUCAAGUACAUAUACUUAAUAGCGACACUCUACGUUUUCACACUAACGCUGCCGUCAGCUUCUGCCGUCUACUGGGCAUUUGGUGACCAACUAUUAAACCAUUCCAAUGCUUUGUCUCUUCUCCCCAAGACCCGUUGGCGUGACACUGCCGUUAUUCUUAUGCUCAUUCACCAGUUCAUAACAUUUGGGUUCGCAUGUACACCACUGUACUUCGUGUGGGAGAAGGUAAUAGGAAUGCAUGACACAAGAAGCAUAUGCCUAAGGGCACUAGUAAGGCUACCAGUGGUGAUACCAAUAUGGUUCUUGGCCAUUAUAUUCCCAUUCUUUGGUCCCAUUAACUCUGCAGUUGGGGCUCUCUUGGUUAGCUUUACCGUCUACAUCAUCCCUGCUCUCGCUCAUAUGCUCACUUUCAGAAAGGCCUCUGCUCGCCAGAAUGCGGCGGAGAAGCCUCCUAGGUUUAUGCCAAGCUGGACUGCCAUGUAUGCACUGAACAUCUUUGUUGUGGGUUGGGUCUUGGUGGUGGGUUUCGGGUUCGGUGGAUGGGCUAGCAUGACCAACUUUAUUAGGCAAAUUAACACAUUUGGGCUCUUUGCUAAGUGCUACCAAUGCAAACCUCCAACACCAACACCAACAACGGCGAAACACUGAGUCAACUUGUGAUGGCUCAACAGGAUUCAACCAAAACUCUUCAGAACCUGGUUACGAUCUUCUAUGCUAGAAAAUGUGAUUGUUUCUCGAUUCGAUCACUUACAGCUACACAAUCUGAUUUUUCUUUAAAUUAGAUUUAAAGUUUAAUUAAAUGUCAGAUUUGGUGAGUGCAAGAGACAUUCUGGACAGAGAUUGUGCUCAAACUUCUUUUCCCGGUCUUCUCUCCCAUUAUUUUGUAUAUUAUAGGUAGGGAGGUAGCAAUAUUUCACCUACAUGUAAUUUGUGUGUUGUUGGAUUUCUUCUUUUCUUUUUUUUUUCUUAAAAUAGUAGAUGAACUAGUGUGUUGAAUUGUGAUGAUUCCUUAGCUAUCAAAGCAUAGGCUAGUUAAAAUCAGUAUAUGCUUAGGUGCAAAUUUUUUUUGUCACUUUUAUUUUAUUUUUUUGUGCAAUUUUAUAUUGCAUAGUUUUUCUUGUAAUAGCUUGAAAUGUCAUUAUUACCUAGCAUGUUUCCAAAGGGUGUUCAUCUUGUAGAAAUAUAAGGUUAUGGUA